GGUGAGGGGCUCGGGUUAGGAAGGCAGCCGAGUCAACUAAGAGACAACACACAAGGAGGUCUCGAGAAGGACCUCGACUGACGGCGGGAGAGGAGGUCGACAGCAAGUGGAUUUACGUGUGUCAUUUUUUGACUCUCGAGGGACGCAAAAUGCAGCGAGUCACUGGCAGCUUGAUUGAGAUGAGUCCAGGCUCUUACGAUGAUGGCAUGCAUGGCUACCCCCAAAGUGGCUCAUACAACACAGAACCCUUCCAACAUGAACAUACCGGGUCUCAUGACGUGUGUGUGGAGACUUGCGAGUCUCUCAACACCAGCAUGGCCUCCCUGGCCUCGUCUGACCGUAGCGACGGUUCUCAGAUGGAUCCUCACACCUUGGAACCAAUCAGUUCUUUGACUGGGUUCUCAAGAAAGCGGGCGCUGUUCCUGAAGUUUCGUUCAAGGAUUGGCAAAGAACAGCAGAGCAAAGACUCAAUAUUUUUUCGCGAUGGAGUGCGCAGGAUUGAUUUCGUCUUAUCUUACAGUGAAGAUGAUAAGAAAAUGGAAAAGAGGCAGAUGUUUGAGGCCAACCUCCAGAAAGUUGGUUUGGAGCUGGAGGUAGAAGACAAAACUGAAGCAGAGGAUGGAAAGACUUACUUUGUGAAGAUCCACGCCCCAUGGGAAGUGUUGACCACUUACGCAGAUGUGCUGAAGGUCAAGGUCCCCUUCAAGGCCAUUGACAUCCCAACCAAAAAAGAGUGGAAAUGGCUGGUCAACCCUUUUCGUCUUCCGAAGCACAUCAUGCAUCCUGACCCCGAAGUCUACACUGCUUGCUUCGACAAGAGCAAGUCUGACUUCUUCCUCAUUGAUGACAGAGACACCUUCUUUCCUCCUUCCACACGCAACAGGAUAGUGUACUACAUCCUCUCCCGAUGUUCUUAUGUGGCUGAUGAUUGUGAGAAAGACAAAAGGGGCAUCAAGAGGCUGCUUAAUAACGGCACAUACAGCAGUGCCUUCCCGUUGCACGAUUGCAGAUACUGGACAAAAUCCCACGAUCCUAAUUGCGAAAGCCAAAGACAUGCACUCUACAAACACUGGGCCGGGUUCUUGUGUUUCUACAAAGAGCAGCCCCUCAACCUCAUAAGGAAGUACUAUGGUGAGAAGAUUGGCAUUUAUUUUGCCUGGCUGGGGUUCUACACUGAAAUGUUGUUCAUUGCUGCAGUAGUGGGAACAUUGUGUUUCCUUUACGGAUAUUCCACAUUUGAGAACAAUGUGUGGAGAAAGGAAAUCUGUGAUAACAGUAUCGGAGGCAAGAUGGUGAUGUGUCCACUGUGUGACCACAAAUGUACGUACUGGAAACUCAACAUUACCUGCAUCUCAACAUGGCAAGCGCACCUGUUUGACAAUCCCGCAACUGUGUUUUUUGCUAUAUUCAUGGGGAUUUGGGUGACAUUGUUCCUGGAAUUCUGGAAGAGGCGUCAGUCCCGUCUAGAGUACGAGUGGGAUCUCGUGGACUUUGAGGAAGAGCAACAGCGACUGCAGCUCCGUCCGGAGUUUGAGAACCACUGCACCCUCCGCAAGAUUAAUCUCAUCACUCAGGAAAUGGAGCCUUACUUACCCAUAACAAGUAAGCUUACACGUGCAUUUGUGUCUGGAGUCACUAUCCUGUUCUGGAUCUCUCUAGUUAUUUGCUGCAUCAUGGGAGUGAUUGCGUACCGUCUGGCAGUAUACGCCGCCUUUGCCAGCGUCAUGAAAGACACAAAUAUAGACGGUACCUUCAUGACCCCACAGCUGGCUACAUCUGUCACUGCCUCCAGCAUCAACUUCAUAAUCAUCAUGGUCCUCAACGUGAUGUAUGAAAAAGUGGCUGUUUGGAUGACUGACCUUGAAAUCCCGAAGACCCACAUGGAGUAUGAGAACAAGCUGACGUUUAAGAUGUUCCUCUUCCAGUUUGUCAACUACUACUCCUCAUGCUUCUAUGUGGCUUUUUUUAAGGGCAAAUUUGUAGGCUAUCCUGGAGAUUAUGUUUACAUGUUUGGUCAAGGGACAAAACUCCGGAAUGAAGAGUGUGAGCCUGGUGGCUGUUUGAUUGAGUUGACUACCCAGCUGUUUAUAGUGAUGACUUGUAAACAACUGUGGGGCAACAUCCAGGAGGCUCUGGUCCCAUGGUUAAAGAAUUGGUGGAGCAGCAGAAAAACAAAAAAACACCCAGAGAGUUUGUACACACGCUGGGAGCAGGAUUCAGACCUGCAGAUCUUUGGAUCAUUGGGACUCUUUGAUGAGUACCUUGAAAUGGUGAUCCAGUUUGGUUUCAUCACGCUGUUUGUGGCCUCCUUUCCCCUGGCACCCUUGCUGGCACUUUUGAACAACAUCAUUGAGAUUAGAGUGGAUGCCUGGAAGCUCACCACUCAGUUCAGACGCCCCGUGGCAUCCAAGGUUCACAAUAUCGGCGCUUGGGACGAAAUCCUCAGUGGGAUUGCCAUCCUCUCUGUUGUUACCAAUGCAUUCAUUAUGGCCUUCACCUCUGAUAUGAUCCCACGAAUGGUGUACAUGUAUAGUUACUCUGAUGAUAUGAGUUUGAAAGGCUAUGUCAAGCACAGCUUGUCAGUCUUCCAAAUCUCAGACUUUCAAAAACAAAACGAGCCUGACGCACUGUUGAACCCCAAAUGGUUUGUUGACAUCAAAACCUGCAGUUAUCAGGACUACCGAUACCCUCCUAACCAUGAGAAAAAGUAUCAACACACAUUCCUUUUCUGGCAUAUUUUGGCGGCCAAACUGGCAUUUAUUAUCGUCAUGGAGCAUAUCGUCUUUACGGUCAAGUUCUUUGUGGCCUGGAUGAUUCCCGACGUUCCCGCCGAUGUGAGAGUUCGAGUGAAGAGGGAGCGCUACCUAGUUGCGGAGUACCUCCACACCUAUGAAGUGGAGAAGCUGAAGGGCCAAAUCAGCCAAAUGAACGAUAGCGCCCCGCUCUGACAUGAGGUGCUGUCAGGGUGUUUCUAGCCCAGUGAGCAACAGCUCACUGGGCUAGAUACUAAGGAAAUGAUGAUUUAUAGUUUACAGCUUAUAAAACCCCCAAAUUCAGUAGGUCAUAAAAUGAUAAAUUGUCAAUAAGUUCAAUAUUGUAAACUGUGGUAUUGCUUCACAUUCUAAUCAGCAAAUGAACUGCAAAAACGUCUUGGGCCUUUAAUUUGACUGUCUGAAUUGAACUCGUGAAAUCAAAUACAUUUUGCACGAUAUUCUUAAUUUAUUGAGACGCAUUAGUAUAAUGGGGGAGCACGGUGUUGUAGUCAUGCCUGCUUUUUUAUGCUAAUGACCCGUUUUUGUUGUAUUUCAUGUGUCAUUAAUGGCACGCAUGGCCUUUACGAAGGAGCUUACAGGUCUUCAGUCUUCACCUGUCCUGCUCUCAGCAUACUGAAAUUUACAGCACUUGAAUAUAACUUUUUUUGUAUUCGUGGCAGUUUAUUCUAUGCUGUAAUUGUAGGGUUGACAAUGAUCACAUUGUACUGUAAGGAAGAAAAGCCCUGAGGGUGUGAAGAAAUCAUUUGUUAAUGUGCUUCUGCUUGCCAGCAUGUUGGAGCUGAUGAAAGUCGCACAUCCUUUAACUCAACUGCUUCACAACUCGGACGAACAUUACACAUCAGAUGUUACCCUCGGCUGCGUUUGUGCAGGGAAGGAAAGAUACAUGCUUUUUUAAUAGUUUAUUUUUGAAUGCGCACAAGGCACUUGAUGAAAACCGCAUGCCAGUCUCGCUGUUGUCAUGACGACGCAGCAUCCACACUCGAGUGUUUUGUAGCAGCAGUGUGACAAUCUCUUUGUAGGAUGUGGGGAGUUUCAUGUUAUGUUUUACUCAGGAAAGAUAUUUAAUUUCAUAAGGCUGUCUAUACAUAACAGUUUUACAAUUUGAAGUCAAAUUGCUUACAGCUAUAAUGUACUUAUAAGUAUUUCUGUUUGCUGAUAUUACUUUGAAUUAGUAACAUUCGCUUCUUUUUAUCUUGUUAUGAAAUAAGUCGACCUAUUUACUGUAAUUUAGCAAUUCAGUCGUGUUCACUUCCUAAA